AUGCUUUCAGGUGACGGGCCACAUUUCCGCGAUUACUGUAUUCAGCUAGGAAUCGUUGAGCCACUGCUGAAAUUCAUCACGCCGAACAUCCCCAUUGGUUUUCUUCGUAACGUCACAUGGGUGAUUGUGAAUUUGUGCCGUUCAAAGGAUCCUCCACCAUCGCCAGAAAUCGUUCAGACACUGCUGCCGGCCCUCGCGGCGCUUAUCGGCCAUACAGACCAGAAUAUAUUGGUGGACACGGUUUGGGCUCUCUCUUAUCUCACCGAUGGCGGCAACGAACAAAUCCAAAUGGUUAUUAAUAGCGGGGUCCAGACGGCGGCACUCCGGGCUGUUGGUAAUAUUGUCACGGGCACAGAUGAGCAGACCCAGCUUGUACUCGACUGUGGCGUGCUACAGCAAAUGCCGGCAUUGCUUUCGCAUCAAAAGGAAAAGAUAAAUAAGGAAGCGGUCUGGUUCCUGUCAAACAUAACAGCAGGUAAUCAAGCGCAGGUGCAAGCUGAAGCAGCUUGGGCAGUGUCGAACGUGACGAUCAGUGGACGUGCUGAUCAAGUGGAAUAUAUGGUCUCCCAGGGUGUCAUACCACCAUUUUGCGCGUUACUUUCGAUACGUGAUACGCAGAUUGUGCAGGUUGUUCUUGAUGGCCUCAAUAAUAUCCUCAAAAUGGCUGGACCACGUUCCGAAGCUGUUUGCACGAUGAUCGAAGAAUGCGGAGGCCUGGACAAGAUAGAACAUCUGCAGAAUCACGAAAGUGAAGAGAUUUACAAGUUGGCCUAUGAGAUCAUCGAUAGCUACUUCUCAGUAGAAACGGACGAUGAUGGGAUCGCCGGCUCGGAGCAUUUCUUCGAAUCCACCCAGCAAAAUGUGCCAUCCGAGGGAUUCUCGUUCCAGUAG